GUGCGACCAGAUGCAGGGUUGAGGUAAUUACAACAAGGUCUGGCGGUGCGUCGGGCCGGAUGCUUCUUUUGCCGCCGUCGACAGCACAAUCUCGUUGCAUCGCCGGAGAAAGCCUGCCCACCAACUGGAUGCCAAUAAGUGAUUUCAGAGAUGCAGACUUGGAGGGAGGAGUCCGCUCGAGCAAGCCAGCAAGCACAAGAAGUUAUCCUUUUCUUGACUACCCGACUGUGUGUCUCACUCUCUCCGAACCGCGACAAUCUCCCGCUAUACCAUACACCAGACCAAAGCAAUGAAGCCCCUCCGCUUACUUUCCUCUGUGUUUGCUCUUCACCUGGCGGAAGGCUAUCUGGUGUCUCCUCCAGGAACUCCUGCGCCAGGGGCAGCCGCGGAUUGCAGCGCUUGGGUCCAGAACUCAUACAGCCUGACAUGCGACAUUGUCGAACGGUUCUUCGGCAUGUCCCUGGCCCAGUUCGAGGCAUGGAACCCCUCUGUCACCGAGUUGGGCGAAGGCUGCAACAUGAUCGAGGGUCUCUACUAUUGUGUUGAAGUUGAUUUUGUCACACUCACCACUCUGACAACUCCCACGACAACCUCGACAUCGACGACCACGACCGGGAAUGGCGUAACCACGCCAACUCCCACGCAGGCUGGCAUGGCCAGCAGCUGUAACAAGUUCUAUCUGGUCAGCAGCGGAGAUACCUGCUCCAACAUCGCCACCGCUCAGGGCAUCUCUCUCACCAACUUCUACGCUUGGAACCCUGCCGUAGGGAAUACCUGCGCGAGCCUCUGGGCCAGCUAUUAUGUCUGCGUCGGCGUGAUCUCUGGUAGCAGCAGCACCCCCACAACGCUUCCCACCACCACGCAGACCUCUGAAGUCACGACUCCAACGCCGACCCAGGACGGCAUGAUCAGCAACUGCAACAAGUUCUAUCUGGUCGGCAGCGGAGACACCUGCUCCAACAUCGCCACCGCUCAGGGCAUCUCUCUCACCAACUUCUACGCUUGGAACCCUGCCGUAGGGAAUACCUGUGCUUCUUUAUGGGCCGGUUACUACGUCUGCGUGGGCAUCACCGGCUCCGCCACGACGACGCCUCCGCCUACUACUACCCAGGGUGGUAAUGGGGUUGUCACUCCAACACCGACCCAGGCGGGCAUGGCGACCAACUGCGAUGGCUUCCACCUCGUAGUGAGCGGAGACAUUUGCUCCAGCAUUGCCGCCGCAGCCGGAAUCUCGCUGGCCAACUUCUACGCUUGGAAUUCUGCGGUGGGAAAUACCUGUGCUUCUUUAUGGGCUGGUUACUACGUCUGCAUUAGUCUCCUGUAGACAUACAUCGAUAUGUUGGCUUUGAAAGAAAUACACCGAGUGAUUCGGGUGCGAAGUGUCCUCUGGGUCAAUGGAUUCAGUGUUCCUAAUGCUGGGGAGCUGGUGCAAUUAUGUCAUUAUAGGAGACUUUACUUUACGGAAGGUAGUCAUCUACAUACAAGAGAACGUCAGCAUGCCCG